AGAGAGAGAGAGAGAGAGAGAGAGAGAGAGAGAGAGAGACGCAUUUUUGUUAACAAAAGGAAAGAAGAUAGGGGGUACAACCUUCCAGAUGGAAAAUUACAUACAUUCAAUAUAAAGUUCAGAAUCUUGGAGGAGGACAAGUUAGCUGGGGAGAGCAGGCGGACACAAUCUACUAGUGAGGAACAAUACAGAGGAAGAAAAGAAAGGGAAAAGCCUGGCCCGUUCAAGGACCAAUCCAAAGGAGAAACGAAAAGGAAAACUAAGAUUAAAACCAGAGCUGAAGGAGCCGAAGUUCCCGAGAGAAGUGUGACAAAGACAAGAUCUGAGAGAACCCAAACUCAUCUUCAGGAUGUCGGUGUCCCGGAGGUGUCUGUGCUGUGUCAAAUAUUUGAUGUUUGUCUUUAACCUCAUCUUCUGGCUGGGAGGAUGUGGUUUGUUCGGUGUUGGAGUCUGGCUGUCCUUCACGCAGGCAGAGUUUUCCUCUCUUCCUCUGUCCUUCCCGUCCCUCUCAGCGGCCAAUCUGCUGCUGGUGGCCGGUGGUAUUACCAUGGUGACGGGCUUCCUGGGUUGUCUCGGAGCCCUGAAAGAGCAGCGCUGCCUGUUGUUCAUGUUCUUUGUGAUCCUUUUGCUCCUGGUGCUGACAGAGGUGACUCUGAUGGUGGUCAUACACGUCUUCCAUGACAAGCUGGAUUCCAAAGCACAGGGUGAAUUAAAGGAAGGGAUGAAGAUUUAUAAUUCAGAACCUGGACUGAAAAAAUCCUGGGACAAUGUCCAGAAAAUGUUCAAGUGCUGUGGAGUAACAAAUAAAACAGACUGGUAUGAUGUGCUGAAUGGGACGCUGCCGUCGUCCUGCUGCUCUGUGGGGAUGGACCAGUGUGUGGACGGAUGGAGCGAGCCGUGUUAUCAGAAGGCCAGGCAGUGGCUGCUGGAUAACAUCCCCUCAGUCCUGGUGUUCGGAGUGUGUAUUGGUGUUGUGCAGAUCUUGGCCCUGGUGUUCUCCAUGCUGAUGUACUGUCAGAUUCUGUGUGCUGAGAAACAUUUGGACUGACUACAGACCAGCUGCUCUCUGGCUCCUGAUAGGAAGGCCUCUCACAAACUCCUCUGGAAUCUUUAACACCUAACACCUGAUCAUAACUUUCAAAGACUGCAGACUCCAGACCUGAAAUGGGUACUUUUUAAAUGCCCUGGGGCACUGGGUUAAAAGUUUCCCUUAAGAUUGCCCCAUUGGCACAGGUGGGACAGGAAACACACUGAGGAGGCUGGUUGUCUGCAUACCAGCCGUAUAAAUGUUAUUUUAAAAUUCCAUUUAUCAUUCCAUAUUUUACAGUAUUUUGUCUCCAGAGUUGCUUAUUCUAGAAUUUUUGUCACAGAACAUAAUAGUGAAAUUUGUUCAUAUUUUUUUCACAAAACAACAAGAGAUGCAUUGUGUUACUCAGUAGAACUGAAAGAAGAAUGUAACUGUUGUCACCUAUCAUAAUUUCAUUAUUU